AUGCCUGGAGACAGAGAGGACGAGAUUUUUCGAAAGGCUCUGGAACUGCUGUCGGAUCUCUGUUCUAGGGGCGAAGUGCAAAACGAAAACUGUGUGGAUUUUAUAUACUAUUUUCGAGAUCUUGCCAGACCAAGAUACUCAGACUCAGAUGUGUCAGUGAGCCUGCUGUCUCUGGUGGUGACCACCUGUGGCCUAGCCCUUUUCGGGGUCUCACUUUUCGUCUCGUGGAAGCUGUGCUGGGUGCCAUGGCGCGACCGUGGCCUCCCCAACGGCCUGAAGGAUGGCCAGGGGGACCAGCAGCCAGUCAUGAUGGAGGUGGAUGGGGUGGAGAAUGAGUACAGUGAAGACUGUGUCAAGGAGCCUCCAGGCCUCUUAGUCCCCGAGGCAAUCAUGAAGAUCAGCCACACAUCCCCAGACAUCCCCCUGGAGGCCCAAUCCAAGCUCAAGGAGAACCAUGUCCGCCACACCACCCGCGUGCAGCGCCAGAUCACUGAGCCCACCUCCUCUGUCCGGCACAACUCCAUCCGCCGCCAAAUGAACCUAUCCAACCCAGACUUCAACAUUGGCCAGUUCCAGAGACAGGAGUCCCUGGCCACUCUGGGCCGGAUCAAACCCGAGCUCUAUAAGCAACGCUCUGUGGACACGGACGACGGCAGGAAGACGGACAGCUGCGGCCGCAUACAUUUCAUCCUCAAGUUUGACUGUGACCUGGAGCAGCUCAUCAUCAAGAUCCACAAGGCCCAGGAUUUACCGGCCAAGGAUUUCUCAGGAACCUCUGACCCUUACGUCAAGAUCUACCUGCUCCCCGACCGCAAGACCAAGCACCAGACCAAGGUGCACCGCAAGACCCUCAACCCUGUGUUUGACGAGGUCUUCCUGUUCCCUGUGGCCUACACUGAGCUGCCCACACGCAAACUGCACUUCAGCGUCUACGACUUUGACCGCUUCUCCCGCCACGACAUCAUUGGCCAGGUGCAGGUGGAUAACUUCCUGGACCUUGCAGACUUCCCCAGAGAGACUAAACUCUGUAGGGACAUCCAGUACGUCACCUCGGACAAUGUGGACUUGGGGGAUCUCAUGUUCUCCCUGUGUUACCUACCAACGGCUGGAAGGCUAACCAUCACAAUGAUCAAGGCUAGGAACCUCAAAGCCAUGGACAUCACUGGAGCCUCAGAUCCAUAUGUGAAGGUGUCUUUGAUGUGUGAGGGACGGAGAUUGAAGAAGAGGAAAACAUCCACCAAGCGAAACACUCUGAAUCCAGUCUACAACGAAGCCAUAGUAUUUGAUGUCCCUCCUGAGAACAUUGAUCAGAUCAGUCUCCUAAUAGCAGUGAUGGACUACGAUCGUGUAGGUCACAAUGAGGUCAUUGGAGUGUGUAGAGUGGGCAAUGAGGCGGAGAGCCUGGGCCGAGACCACUGGAACGAGAUGCUGUUAUACCCCCGCAAGCCCAUCGCGCACUGGCACCCCCUGGUAGAGUGGAUGGGUCAGGGAACUGCAGGUGAAAGCCAGGGCGGUUCCACCAACUCUCUGAAGACUCCUCCCUCACCAUAA